AUGGACGUCACCCAGAAAGUUGAAAUCAACAAGCAAAAGGCAAAUGAGGAAACAAACUCAGUGCCGCAGCUCGGAGCACUUGAAGAAGAUGACGAGUUUGAGGAGUUUGAGGUGGAUGACUGGAGAGACGACGAGUGCGAGGUGAGCAACAUGGCCACAAACGACAAAUUGUGGCAGGAUAGCUGGGACGACGACGACCAAGACGACGAUUUCAGCCACCAGCUCAGAGCUGAAUUACAAAAGACGGGCGGCGAUAUGAACAUGAGCACAUGA